CUCUCUCUCUCUCUCUCUCUCUCUCUGUCUGUCUGUCUGUCUGUCUGUCUGUCUGUCUGUCUCUCUGCAACUACUUUUGAUAUAAGAAACCUGUGCUUUUUAACUGCACUGGAGCACUGGGGGUCGAUUCUGUAUUUUGAAGGAGUAAAAAUGUGAAAAGUGAGCAACAGUGAUUGGUGUAUCUGUAUAUCCUUAACCCUAAAAGUAUACACCAAUCAGUGGAGACAAUGCUGCUCAUUUUUCAUAUUUUCACUUUCUUUAGAAAUACUGCAACAAAUUAAAGUGAGACAAAUAUAUUUUUUCUCAUUCUAACUUGUUGCACCAGUGCAGCAGUGCAGGAAAAAGAACAGGCCAAAGAUUACCAUGACCAUGAUGUUAAUAUUUGACUGUAUUAGACAUAUCUUUGUCAUCUGUUUCAUUUAGGGCCAGUUGUUCCAACUUCUUGAUAAGUUUAUCAAGAAGUCAGAACAACCGGCCUUUAGAGUUGUUAACACAUGUUAUAAAAAAUAACAGAAAAUACUCAAGUAUACUCAAAACGAUUCUUUGAAGAUGAUCAAAAAUGUUGUUGUGGGGAUUUCUGGUGGUGUUGAUAGCGCCGUGACAGCUUUCCUACUUAAAAUUAAAGGAUUCAAUGUCACUGGAAUAUUUAUGAAAAACUGGGACAUUAGAGAUGAAACAGGAAAGUGUGUGGUUGAGAAAGAUUACAAUGAUGCUCAAUGGAUCUGCAAAAAACUCGAAAUCCCUUUGAUACAGGUCGAUUUUGUCAAGGAAUAUUGGAAUGAAGUCUUUAGUGACAUAGUGGAAAAGUAUCAGAAUGGAUAUACUCCAAAUCCAGAUAUUUUGUGCAACAAAAACAUCAAGUUUGAUAAGUUUUUUCAUAUCGCACGUAAUAAAUUUCAAGCAGAUGCAAUUGCUACAGGUCAUUACGCUAGGACUAGCUUUGGAUCUUACCUAGAAAAUUAUAAAGCAAAAGCUAAUGUGUGUUUGCUGCAAGCACAAGAUAUCAAUAAAGAUCAAACGUUUUUCUUGAGUCAAGUACCGCAAAAAACCUUGAGACGUUGCAUGUUUCCUCUUGGAACAUAUUUGAAAAGUCAUGUAAAGAUGAUGGCCAUAGAAGCAGGAUUGUGUCAAAUAGCAUGGAAAAAGGAAAGCAUGGGUAUUUGCUUUAUAGGAAAACGUCAAUUUCAGCAUUUUAUUUCGGAGUAUAUAGCGGAUAAACCUGGUGACUAUGUAGAUUUGGAUAGUGGAUUACCAAUAGGUAGACAUAAUGGUAUUCACAAACGGACAAUAGGACAAAGAUGUAAAAUUGCUGGUUGUUUCAAGCCUUAUUACGUAUUUAGUAAGGAUCAAGAGUCAAAUACUGUUGUAGUGGUGGGUGGUACAACUCACCCAGCGUUAUAUACUGACUUUUUGAUGACACGGGACAUCCACUGGAUCAAUGAAGAGCCGCACGAAUUGAGAUGGGGCAAUGGUAUUCUGAAUUGUAACUUUCGGUUUCAACACAGAAAUUCGUUGAUCACUUGCAGAGUGUAUAAAAUGUCCACCGAUCGCUUGUUUAUUCGUCUUUUUGUAUCUUUACGAGCGAUUACAAUGGGCCAGUAUGCAGUUUUAUAUUCUGGAGAGGAAUGUCUGGGCAGCUCAGUGAUAUCGUAUAUAGGUCCAUCUUAUUUUGCACUUAACCGGCAAAACUAUAGAUAACUCUUGUUACCAGCAUAAUUAAUAACACUACUUGAAAUAUACUAUUCUCUCACGCAGUUCUGUCACGCAGUUCUGAUGGACUUUAAUAACGAUGAAGGCCAUCCUACGGAAGAUGAGCAUUAAUGGUUACAAUAGAUUUCGUUGGAACAUCUUGCCCAGCUACGAUGAUUAUUCCCGUAUACCAGGGAAUAAUGAAAGUAAGUGCAGGCGAUAGCCUCUAGGACGAUUUCAAUUCCAAUUCCAAUUUAUAUUGCAAUUUUUAAUAUAAAUUUUUAAUAGAACGCAAGUAACGUACAUCUCGAAUUUAUAUCAUUGUGCAUAAUAGUAUUAUGUUUUGUAUAUAUGGCUGUUAUUUUUAUGUAUCAUAUGAAUAAAAAAUUCGCCAGAAAA